UUAUAGUUAGUAUUAAUUAGAUAUUAAAUACUGAAGGUUUUAAAAAAAUGUACUUUGUUCCAGUAAGACGUGUUUUGUUUCCUUCUUCAAAAUAUUUAUACAAAAAAAUAAUAAUAAAAGAUACUUCAUCAACUUGGGUUAAUAACGCCAGAAUAUUCAGAUAUGAUAUGAAAACAGAAAUUUCUCAACAAUUUACAGCAAAUACUCACCAGUAAUCAGUAUCAACACACAUAUUUGUUGUGAUAAAAUUCCAAGUGUUAGCAAUAACUAUUUCAUUCAACCAUUUGCUAGUUUCCAUACUAAUUGUCUCAAUUUCCAAGACUUAAAAAAGGAUGUAUUUAAAGAUCUUGAAGACAAAAGUAAGAUUGAAGAGUUUGUUGAGCAUCAACAAAAGAAAGCUGAAAAAAAAGAAAAGGACUUAAAGACUAGUUUGUCAAAUGAGUCUAUAGGUGUAAAUCAACAGAGCAAAGAUCCUACAUCUGAAUCUAUUGAGGUUGCUGCGCCAAAACCUCCAAUAAUGGAGAGAAUUAAGCAUGAAAUAAAGCAUUAUUAUAAUGGUUUUAGAUUGCUUUAUCUUGACAUAAAAAUUGCUGCUCGUUUGUUGUGGCAAGUUAUGAAUGGUAAAGCAUUGUCACGCAGAGAAAAAAAGCAGUUUUUAAGAACUGUUGCUGAUAUGUUUCGUCUAGUUCCUUUUAUGGUGUUUGUAAUAGUUCCUUUCAUGGAGUUUUUAUUACCAUUUGCUAUCAAAUUUUUCCCUGGGAUGCUUCCUAGCACAUUUGAAGAUGUGAAAACUAAGGAAUCAAAAAGAAGAGCUUCCCUUAAAUUAAAGUUGCAGAUGGCAGAGUUUUUGCAAGAUACUAUUGAAGAAAUUGCAGUUAAUCCACAAACAAAAAAAAGUGAAAAAUUGAAAGCUUUUAGUGACUUUGUUCAUAAGGUACGCAGUGGAGAACAAGCACCAACGAAUAAAGAAAUUUUAGAGUAUUCAAAAUUGUUUCAUGAUGAAAUUACUCUUGAAAAUAUUCCUCAUGCUCAACUAAAGGCUUUGUGUCGUCUCCUUAUGAUAUCACCUAUAGGACCCAGCAAUCUUCUUCGUCUUAAAAUUGAGUUCAAACUUCAAGAGUUAAAGCGUGAUGAUAAGAUUAUUCGAAGAGAAGGCAUUGAAUCAUUAAACACAGAAGAAUUGCAAAGUGCAUGCAUAGCUAGAGGAAUGAGAGCUAUUGGUGUUCCUGUUGAUCGAUUACAACAAAAUUUAAAACAAUGGCUACAGUUGAGUUUGGAUGAAGAUAUACCUGCAUCAUUGUUACUGCUAUCAAGGACAUUAUAUAUAAGUCCUACAGUUGUUGAUCAACUAAAAGUUACAAUUAGUCAGUUUCCUGAAAGAUUGAUUGAUGAGAUGGAGGUAAAAAUUGGUGCUGUUGAACGUGAAGCAGUCAGCAGGCAAACUAUAAUUGAUAUUAUUCAACAUGAAGAACAACAAAUUAAAGUUGAACAAAAAGAAAUAGAAGUUAAAAAAAAGCUGGACGAACUGAAAAUUGAUAAAUCGAAGGAAGAUCUUUCAAAAGAAGAAUUAUUGGAUGUGAUUGAGACUCUUUCCACUGACAGAGAAGAAUUGCAUAAAAUUAAAAAAGACAGAAAUGAAUAUAUUGAAGAUUUAGCUGAAAUGAAGUUAGUAACAGAGAAUCCUAAAGAAAAUAAUGCUAGUCGACGAAUAGGUAAUCGAAUAGAUGUCAUGUUGAAAAAAAUUGAUGCUACCCUGGCUGAACUGGAAAAAGAAAUCUCACAUAUGCCAGCAGAGAAGAUUGACAGUGACAAAGAUGGUAUAGUCACUACCCAAGAGCUGUUCCAAGUCAUUCAAACAUUGCGCAAAGCACCAGGUGAAUCCAAAACAAAACGCCUUCUUGAAGCUCUUGAUAUUGAUAAAGAUGGAGCAAUGAGUCUUAAUGAGUUAAAAAUGGCCAUUGAAUUGUUAGCAAAUGAAGACUUGGAUUUAGAUGCACAGCAAAUUGCUGAAGUUAUUGCUUUGUUGAAGGGAACAGAAAAAAUAUAUGUGAACGAGCAAAUGUUGACCAAAAAAAAAGACAACUAUAUUUUGCGACUUCUUCCUGUAAUUUAUUCACGAAAAUCAAUACCUUAUUAUUUAAGUUACAAAAAAUAAUUUUUAAUUCUGUUGCUGUACAGUAAUGUUAAAUGUGAAAUAGCGAGA